CAUAUACAUCACUCCAUAAGUUUCAAGAAGAGUGUACUAAUAAAAUAGAAAUAAGUAGAAGAUAGAAUAAAGAGAAAAUAAUCACUGAAAAAUGGGUGCCAAGAUGAAGAAAAUCGCUAUGGCCAGCCUCUCGUCCGUCCUUCUGGUGGCCAUGGUCUUGCCCUUGGCGACUGGCGAUAUUCCCACCAUCUCAAACAAGGCGGCGCAAGCCCUUUGCACCUCCGUGGACUACAAAAUAACCUGUGAGAAGAGCCUGUCCGAUGCCCACAGCUCCAACCCUCAGGAGCUUAUAAAAGUAGCGUUCAACCACGCCAUCACAGACAUCCAGGAGGCCAUCAAGAACUCCACCCUAUACAAACAAGCCGCCACGGAUCACAGAACCAAAGGGGCCCUUGAGGUGUGUGAAGAAGUGCUCGACACCUCCAUCGACGACCUGAGGAGAUCCUUCGACAGAGUCGGCAAUUUAGACAUCACCAAGCUCAAGCAGUACAUCGAAGAUGUCAAGGUAUGGCUUAGUGGUGCCAUCACCAACCACGAGACGUGCCUUGACGCCUUUCAGAACACCACAGGUGAUACUGGAGAGAAAAUGAAGAAUCUGCUCCAUUCUUCGGGCAUGAUUUUGAGCAAUGGCCUGGCGAUGGUGGGCGAUAUCUCCUCGAUUUUUUCGUCCUUAUCGCUGGGAGGAUUCACUAGCGGAAGGCUCCUCGAGGAAGAAGGUAGCCUUGCAUACGGUGUGGAUCAAACGGACGGGGAAGACCUCAAGACUGCCUUUGAUGGAAAAGUAACAGAUGCUGCUGGUCCUCCGCCUUUCGUUGACGCUGAGGCCCGGAGGAUAAUGACAGCCAAUGUGAAUACGUUAAAGGCAAAUAUUGUGGUGGCGCAAGAUGGAAGCGGUCAGUUUAAGACCAUCACGGGAGCUAUCAACUCCUUGCCAAAGAAGGGCGAUGGCCCGUUCGUGAUUCAUGUAAAGGCUGGUUUUUACAAAGAGAAUGUUAUCUUUCCAAAGAAGGUUAACAACGUAGUGUUGAUCGGAGACGGGCCAUUGAAGACCAGAAUCAGCGGCAGCAAGAACUACGUAGAUGGAGUUCAAACGAAGACCAGAAUCAGCGGCAGCAAGAACUACGUAGAUGGAGUUCAAACCUUCCACACUGCCGUUCUUGGCGUGAAUGGAGACGGGUUCAUCGCCAAGGACAUCGGCAUCGAGAACACCGCCGGGCCCAUUAAGCACCAAGCAGUGGCCGUUCGCGUAUCCGGCGACAAAUCCAUCUUUUACAACGUCCACAUGAAUGGCUUCCAGGACACUCUCUACGCCCACGCCUACCGUCAGUACUACCGCGACUGCACCAUCACCGGUACCAUUGACUUUAUCUUCGGCGACGCUGCGGCCGUUUUUCAGAAUUGCCAGAUGAUAGUCCGCAAGCCGUUGGCAAACCAGGGAUGCAUGGUCACAGCCCAAGGCCGCAAGGAACGCCGCAGCACUGGCGUCACGGUGAUCCAGAACUGCCACAUCUUGGCCGAGCCUGCGUUCCUCAGCACUACACCUCCACUGAAAGCUUACCUCGGACGUCCCUGGAAGCAGUUCUCCAGGACCAUCAUCAUGCAAACCCUCAUUGACGGGUUCAUUGCACCAGAGGGGUGGGCACCGUGGCAAGGAAAUUUUGCACUAGACACACUGUACUACGGGGAGUUCAAGAACCGUGGACCAGGGUCGGAUAUGUCGAGGAGGGUCAGAUGGAAGGGCAUCCAGACUAUUACUCCAGCAAUUGCUGACAGCUUUACUCCCGGAAGACUGUUUGCAGGUGAUGAAUGGGUCAGACAAUCUGGAGUUCCUUAUGUUGCUGGCAUGGUCUAGGUCUUCAUGUGCUCUACCUGCUUAUAAUUUUGUCAGCUUUUGCUCGAUGUAAUUUUUAAUUUUGUCUAAAAAAAGAGUCCCGUCAACUUAAUUUGACUGACUCCAUUAAUAAGUAGCUCUAAGUUCGUCGUCCUCAUAUGUGACGGCAUUUAGGAUUAGAAUCGAUCAUAGCUCAUUUGUUUAAUUCAUAAUUUUCUAAUUGAUUUUGUAAGAAGCUUCUAUGUACUUUAACCUACGUGAGAAUGAAAUAGAUUAUAUUUUAUUUUAA